UCCCUCCCCUUUCGCCGCCUUCCGCCCUCUUCGGCCCCCCGUGGGGAGCCGGACGAUAAACAGGCGGUGGCUGGGCAGAGGAGGCCGGAGCCGGACCCGGGGCUUUUCACCGUCCCCUCCCCUUUGGUUUCCGAAGUGUGGCUCGUCCGGGGCCAAACGAAGAGGGCGGCCCCGAGGGAGCGCUUCAGCCGGCCGAGGCGGGGGAGGCGGCCCCCUCCACCCCACACCCCCCCGCGCCCGCCGAAUGGUUUGUUCCUGAGCCGGGGCCGGAGCCCGCCGGGCGACGCCAAGUGAGGAGGCCCGGGGGGAGAGAGGGGGAGAGCGGCCCGCCGGCCACAACCGGACGCCGAGCGUCGACGCCCGCGGGACCGGACAGAUUGAGGCGGGCGGAACCGGCGCCGGCGGAGGAGGAGGAGGAGGAGGCGGAGGCGGAGGAGGAGACGGCGGCGGGCACGGGGGGGCCGGCAAGAUGGCGACGGCCUCCUCAGGGGCCCCGGUCGGGGCCGCCCCCCUGGAGGCCGGGGCCAGCGUCGGGGCCCCCGCAGGCUCUGCCACUUUCAAGAAAUCCCUGACUCCGGAGGUGCCCGGCUCGUCCAGCCAGCCCGGCCUACUGACCAUCAAGAAGAUUGGCCACCGGGGGGUGGAUUCCACCGGAGAGACCACUUACAAGAAGACCACCUCGUCCGCCCUGAAAGGUGCCAUCCAGCUGGGCAUCACCCACACCGUGGGCAGCCUGAGCACCAAACCCGAGCGCGACGUGCUGAUGCAGGACUUCUACGUGGUGGAGAGCAUCUUCUUCCCCGGCGAGGGCAGCAACCUGACACCCGCCCAUCACUACAACGACUUCCGCUUCAAGACGUACGCCCCCGUGGCCUUCCGCUACUUCCGGGAGCUGUUCGGCAUCCGGCCCGACGACUACCUGUACUCCCUGUGCAGCGAGCCGCUCAUCGAGCUGUGUAACUCGGGAGCCAGCGGCUCCAUCUUCUACGUGUCCAGCGACGACGAGUUCAUCAUCAAGACGGUGCAGCACAAGGAGGCCGAGUUCCUGCAGAAGCUGCUCCCCGGCUACUACAUGAAUCUGAACCAGAACCCGCGGACGCUGCUGCCCAAGUUCUACGGGCUGUACUGCGUGCAGGCGGGCGGCAAGAACAUCCGCAUCGUGGUCAUGAACAACCUGCUGCCGCGCUCGGUGCGCAUGCAGGCCCGCUACGACCUGAAGGGGUCCACGUACAAGCGGCGCGCCUCGCCCAAGGAGCGCGACAAGACCUUCCCCACCUUCAAGGACCUGGACUUCCUCCAGGACCUGCCCGACGGGCUCCUCCUGGACACCGACAUGUACUCCGCCCUCUGCAAGACCCUUCAGCGCGACUGCCUGGUGCUGCAGAGCUUCAAGAUCAUGGACUACAGCCUGCUGGUGUCCAUCCACAACAUGGAGCACGCCCAGCGCGAGCGGGCCCCGGCCGACCCCGGCGGCCCCGCCGCCGACACGCGCAAGCCGGCCGCCCAGAAGGCCCUCUACUCCACCGCCAUGGAGUCCAUCCAGGGCGAGGCCCGACGCGGGGGCACCGUCGAGACCGACGACCAGAUGGGCGGCAUCCCCGCCCGCAAUCACAAAGGGGAGCGGCUGCUGCUCUACAUCGGCAUCAUCGACGUCCUACAGUCCUACAGGUUCAUGAAGAAGCUGGAGCAUUCCUGGAAAGCCCUGGUUCACGACGGGGACACGGUGUCGGUGCACAGGCCGGGCUUCUACGCCGAGCGGUUCCAGCAUUUCAUGUGCCAGACGGUUUUCAAGAAAGUCCCUCGUAAGUGGACCCCCCCCGGCCGGCGUCCCUCACCCCGCCCGCGGACCCCGGGGGCCGCCCGGCCCCGGCUCGGCCAUUCGCCUCCUCUUCCUCCUCCUCCUCCCGCGUGGCAGCACCCCGAGGUGAGGGGUGUCCGGAGGGCGGGGGGACGGCGGGUGGGAGGGCGUCGAGCCGAGUCUGGGAGGCAAGAGAGGUGGUUGGGGAGAGGCCAGGUAGGUCCACGCGACAGCCAGCCCGAGGGCCCUGGCGUCCGAGUUCGGCCAAGGCAGAGGCGGCCGACCUGGACCCGAGCAGCGCCUAUGGACACGUCCGACCCCGUCAAGGAGGAGGACGACUACGACGUGAUGCAGGACCCCGAGUUCCUGCAGAGCGUCCUGGAGAGCCUGCCGGGCGUGGACCCCAACAACGAGGCCAUCACGCAACGCCAUGGGCUCCUCGGCUCGCAGCCCCCCAAGGCGGCAAGAAGGACGGCAGGAAGGAGGACGACGAAGACGAGGAGGAGGAGGAGGAGGAGAAGAGAAGGAGUGAGACGGGAGGGGAGGGUGGGGCGCUCGGGCAGAGUGGAGCCCAUAAAGCCACAGCUUCCUUCACCUUGGUGA